AAUCCCAGCUGAUGGCAGGGAGGGGCUCUAGUGGGAGGCAGCCAUGUGGUGAACAUUGAGCUCAGUGUUUUCCCCCUGCUUCUCUCCUCUCCAGACGGGCAAAAUUGUUCUGUGCUGCCGUGGAUGUGAAGUCCUCUCCGUGCUGCUUCUCCCCCAGAAACUCCCAGGGCCUUGAAUUUGCAGCCUUCAAAAAACAAAAAGAAAUCCAUCCGGCUGGAAGAUGGAGCAGGGGAUGAAUAGCAGGAGGGAAGAAAGAGUGAAGUUGGUGAUUUUUCUGGCACAUGGAUGCAAUUACGCUCGGUGCAUUCCAGAGGCGUUCCUGUGAACGCUCUGCAGGUCUGCCUGCCGUCCUUGGGAGAGAGGAAGAAAAAGGGAGGACAAGUCCCUCUUGCUGGGAGACGGAAUGUCUGCAUUUUCAAUCCUCUUCUUAGCUUCCUGCUCUGUUUGGCUCGGCGAGGCUCAGACCGAGUUCAAGAGGGUGGCAGAAGAAAACGUGACCCUGCCCUGCCACCACCGCCUGGGGCUGCUGGAGCAGGGCAGCCUGGACAUCGAGUGGCUGCUGCACAUCUCUGAGACCGUGCAGAAAGCGGUGAUCACCUACUCUGGGGGCCGAGUUUAUGAUGACCUGAACGAGGAGCAGAAGGGCCGCGUCUCCUUCACCUCCAACUUCCUUGCUGGAGAUGCAUCCCUGCAAAUCAUCUCCCUGCAGUCCAGCGAUGCAGGGAAAUACAUCUGCAAGGUCAAGAACGCUGGCCAGUACGAGUGGGCUCGCAUCACCCUCAAGGUCGUGGAGAAACCCUCCAAGCCCAAGUGCUGGCUGGAGGGGGAGCUGCUGGAGGGGAAGGAGCUGUCCCUGCAGUGCCGCUCCGCCUCGGGCACUGCGCCCAUCUCCUACCGCUGGCAGCGCCUCAGCGAGGAGGACGAGAGAGCCGAGCAGCUCCCGCCCAACUCCAGAGUCAACAUCUCGAACCCCGGGCAGGUGCUGCUGAAGAACCUGACGCAGAUGAGCACGGGGCUGUACCAGUGCGUGGCCACCAACGAGGCGGGCCAGGAGAGCUGCGUGCUGCAGGUGACAGUGCAGCAUGCACAAAACAUCAGCAUGAUCGCCGGGGCGGUGUGUGGAGUGCUGGUGGGGCUCUCCCUCCUCUUCCUGGUGGUGAGGCUGACCAUCAGGAGGAAAGAAAAGAAGAGAUACGAGGAAGAGGAGGCGCCCAAUGAAAUCAGGGAAGAUGCCGAGGCACCCAAGGCUCAUCUGGUCAAACCCAGCUCCUCCUCCUCGGGCUCCCGCAGCUCCCGCUCGGGUUCCUCCUCCACCAGGUCCACAGCCAACAGUGCCUCCCGCAGCCAGCGGACUUUGUCCACCGAAGCCACUCCUCACCUGACCCCACCCCAGUACAGCCAGCGGCAGCUGGACGGGAAAGAAGAACCCAAAAAAGCCGAUUACAACCACCUGGUGAAGGUGGCAGUGCCAGCCGUGAUGGUGCCCGCGCAGAGCCGCGCCUUCCAAACCGUGUGAGCAUCCCCGGAGCAUCCCCUGCCCCGCAGCGGCACUCGUCACAGCACCGGGGAAAUGCCAAAAAUCGUCACAGCACCGGGGAAAUGCCAAAAAUUGUCACAGCACCGGCCACUCAGCAGCGCUAGGAUAGUAGAUAGAUAGAUAGAUAGAUCUCCUCCUGGUCAGCUUCAUCGUGAUCACUCGGGGUUAUUCACACCGCCAGAACCCUCCCACUCCUUUCUGAACAUCACCGAGGUUCAGACCCCUCUGAUUCUGAUACGGAAAGAUUUCAGAAAGAUCUUAAGAAAAAAUUAUUGGAGGGCAAAGGGAGCUUCUUUUUAAUUUUUUUUUGUUGGUUUUUUUCCCUUUAAAAAUGAGCAUUAAAAACUGUAAAACUGUGUGUGAAGCCAACCCUCUGAUUCUCAUACAGAAAAAUUUCAGAAAGGUCUUAAGAAAGAUUUUUUUAGAGGGAAAAGAGAGCUUCUUUUUAAAUUAUCUUUUUUCUUUUUGGGUUUUUUUUCCCCUUUGAAAAUGGACCACUGAGCAUUAAAAACCUACGGCAGCAAAGCUGUGCUGUCAAGUGAAACUGUGUGAGUGAAAAGAAGCCAACCCUCUGAUUCUGAUACAGAAAGAUUUAAGAAAGAUUUAUUGGAGGGAAAAGGGAGCUUCUUUUUAAAUUAUCUUUUUAUUUUUUGGGGUUUUUUUCCCCUUUGAAAAUGGACCACUGAGCAUUAAAAACCUACGGCAGCAAAGUUGUGCUGCCGAGUGAAACUGUGUGAGUGAAAAGAAGCCAAACCUCAGGAUUUUUUAAAAGGGAUCAACAAAGACUUAAAGAUGCAUAAUGUUCCAGAGAGGUUUUGUGGGGAGGGAGAAGUCUCCCAGACUGGUUUUGGAGAAGUUUCUCGAAGAUUGUGCUGUCUUAAGUGAAGAUUUGGAGGCUGAGGGUGUCCAGCCAGGUGCUUCACAUUUUCUGCACUCAGUGAAAUACUGGAGGCUGUAACUAAAAUGGAAAUUAAAGGAUCACUCCCAAAGGACAAGACAUGCAGCAUUAAGGUGUCUGAACUAAACUCUACUAAAGAGAAAGGACUUUUUCUGUCAAGAAAACAGAGGUGCUUUAAUUGCCAGAAUAAACUUGGGGCCAGGAGCCCGACUCUGCUUCCAUGGGCAGCACUGCAGGGCCGUGAGAGCCCCACUGGAGGGGUGCCCGUGGCCACUGAGCCUUAGAGGGGGAGAACUGGGCACUGCACCCAGCAGGGAGGCACUGCCCACAUGGGGAGGGCCACCAAGGUACCAAAAAGCCUGGAUGGAGCCUUGGGAAGAGCUCUCAGCCACUGCCAGCUGCAGAACUGGCCAGGUUUGUGCUGGAGAAGCCUUAUGGGAAGUUCUUCCCCAGCCUGAGUGAGCAGCACUGCCCAGCUGAGCCCAGGGAAGGCCUGAAGGGUUCCCUGGCAGAGGAAAACACACCUGGGACAGGUACACAAGCACAAAAUGCUGCUCCCAUCAGGACAUCUUUGUGUGAGCUGUCCCACUCCUACACCAAAUGCUGGGCCAUGGGCCAGGGCUGAGGCUUAAACCUUUAGCAAGACUCUUAAAAAUGGCAACAAUUGUAAAAAAAUAUUUUUGUGAGCAACCAGGUUAAGCAUUUCCACGGAAUAUGAAGUUAGGGAAGGAUGGGAGGUAGGGACAGAUGCAGAAUUCUGUCCCUGAAUUUUCCUCUGAAGGACUUGGCUCUGAGCACUGCUACACACAAGACACUGAGCUUGUAGGUUCUAGAUUCCUGUACCCCCAGAUUGGUGAUUUUCUGUUUCAAAAAUGAGGGUGUUUGGGGUUUUUUCCCCACUGGAGGGAGGGAAAGGGUUUCUCCAAUUGGUGGAAAGACCCUCAAGAAGACGGUGAGCACAGAAGAACAGAUCUAUAAUUCUUUCACUCCAGGAUUGUCAUUAAUCUCCUUUUCUGACUGAGACCCAGAAUUUCUAAUUUCUACACUUGAGAUCUUUGACAACCUGAUCAAAGCCAAGCCCUGCCUGGGCUAUUUCCACAUGGGAAAGAGUUUCCAAACUUGCCCCACACUAUGUGAGAACCUCCCUUCCUAGGAGCAGCCACUCAAAAUUCCACUGCUUUCUCUAGCCCAGAUUUAACCCUUGGCAGGACAAAUCCCUGAUGCUGUGCAGGGAAAACAAUCCCAGCUUUAAUAAGACCUGGCAUGAGGUGUUUGACAAGCUGCUCCUGCCACGGCAGCUGCUGGGGGUGGAUUCUCUGUCAUUCCAUCCUGGAUCAGCGGGGUGGGAAGCAGCAGCUCUGUGUAUGUCUGGGAUUCCUCUGCAGUUGGUUUUAUCCUGAGCCCUGAAGGUUCAGGUGCUCCAAAGCACUCCUGAGCCAUUCCAGAGCUGGGAAAAUUCCAAAAGCAGGCACAGGAGGGUGAAAGGAGCCAGUGGGUUCUUCUGUGGGUUCUCACUGGGCUGAGCAUUCCCUGUGCUGCACCUCAGUGAUGGUUUCUCCUCCAGCCAGGAUUUAUGAGCUCUCAGAGAAUUUACCACAUCUGAGAUAGCCCAGCUACCCCCAAUGGCAUCAAAUCAGCAGGAUGCCUUCUGAGGUGGGGUUGGACACAGAAAAAGGUUUAAUAAAAGACAAAAUAACAAAGGUCUCACAGAGAAAAACCGAGCCAAGAGCAAGAGGUUCUUGCUCCUGCUAAACACCCCCACAAAAGGAGGCUCUCUUCUUUUUCUAGUUCUUUUUCUAGUUCUCUUCUUUUUCUAGUUCUCCUUGUGUUCUCUUCUUUUUCUAGUGAACUACCCAGGCCAGGCCUCUUGGCCUCUGUCCACUCAGACAGCCCCAGCUCUAAGGAGAAGUCCAAAAGCUCCUGUGAGGUGUCUUUGUACCAAAAUGGGAGAGAAACUUCUGGGCUUUUUGCCUUUUCAAGCAGACAAAGAAUAAUUUAAUCACUCUGCCAACAGAGGGAACGUUCCUCCACCUGGGGAUCCUCACCCUGAGCACAGGCCCAGGAGAGCUUUCCCUGAGUGCUCUCCCUGAGCCUCCUCAGCACAAACCCAGCGUGACAGUCCCUGAGAGCCACAGGGGCAGCUCUGAUCCCAGCCCGGGCUGGCAAUGAGCAGAGCGGAGCCUCUGCAGCCUGCAGCGAGGAGGAUUUGCCCUGGCAGGAUUUCCUGGAGCCCUUGGGCAGCCCUGGCAGCCUCUGCUGCUGUGGAACCUCGUGCUGAGAGCUCUGGGGGCUUGGGGAGGGUCAGGCAGAGGGGCAGUGCCUGAAUCCUGCUCUGGGGGAUCCAUCCUGGCUGCUCGGAGCCCUGCUGGCUCAGAACUCCCAGGCCCUGGGAUGGAUGAGAUUAUUUCAAUUGUUUUUUGAAAUAUUUUUAUUUCACCGUUUAAAUAUCUUCUAAAUGAGGGCUAGCAUCCCUCCUUAGGCUAUUUCUGUUCUUUUUACAACAUAAAAUAUUUUGUGUGAAGGGUUUACACAAAACGCCCUUAAAUCUACUAUUGCCCCCCAAUCUACUCAAUGCCCCCAAAACUACUCUUGCUUUACUAUUUGCUUUACUUUUGAACUGUCACUCUGGGUUUGUUGGGAUGCAGGAGAUGUCCAGGUCUCUGCCUCAGCCCAUCAGCGACUCACAGGGAAGGGAGAAGUUCUUCACCAAAGGGAGCAGGAGAAAGGGAUCAUUCCAAAGGGAUUCAAUUCUCCAAGCUCCAGCCCACCAGGAGUUGCACAAGGGGAGCAAAUAAGCCAAACCUUGUUUUGUAAAAUAGUGUAUUAAAGCAUUUACAGUCAUAUACCAGCUAUUAAUGAAUUGUGUGAUGAAAUGCCUACCAUGUUAUGUAGCUUUUUGUUUCUCAGCAGCUAAACGAAGCUUCCAUCUCUGCUACCUGCUAUGAUUGGUGUACUUGUACUGUGUCUGAACAACUCAGAGGAAAGCAAAUAUUUAUUAUUGAUUCACUUUGAAUCAAUGAUUUAAUAAUUUUUUUUUUGGUUGGUUGUUUUAUAAAUAAAGGUGCUGCAGCUGAAGUGCUGCAGCUCA